CCUCAUUCUCUGGAGAGAAACAGCUAUUUGUUUAACAGAGGCCAUUGCCCAAAAUCAUUGCUGUGCCUCUGUUGGACCACCACGCUCCAGGGGAGAGGAGCUGGAGAGCCCAAAGCCAGCUGUGGGAAACUCUGGAGCCUGGAGGCCAUCUUAGCCCUGUGUAGAAGCAGAGAGUUACCAUGUGCACGGGGAAGUGUUCGAAGUGCAUUGGGAUCACCCUCUUCCCACUGGCAGCAUGUGCCAUAGUCUCCAACAUCCUCCUGUACUUCCCUAAUGGACGAGUUCUGCAGCUCAGCGAGAUAACUGAUCUGGUCUGGUUUUUCCAUGGCAUUCUGGGAGCUGGGAUACUGGUUCUUUUGCCGGCAUUCAUGAUGCUGGGAGCAGGUGGAGCAGGAUGUUGCGCUAACAGAUGUGGGAUGCUGCUGUCGGUGGUCCUGGCUGUGCUGGGAUUUGCAGGAGGAGCAUACUGCGCAGUCAUCUCCUCGCUGGGGCUGAUUGGGGGUCCUCUGUGUGACACGGGUGAUGGGGAAUACCUCUACCCUUUCAGGAAUGACACUUUGGAAGAGAAUUAUUUGUUCAACCAGACAACAUGGAGCAUUUGCAAAGAACCUGAAAACAUCAUCCUUUGGAAUAUCGUUCUUUUCUCUAUUCUCCUGGCCAUCGGUGUGAUUGAAGCUGUUCUUUGUUUUAUUCAAAUCAUCAAUGGACUUACCGGCUUCAUAUGCGGCACAUGUAUGAGGAAAAGAAAGACAAAUAUUUCCGGAAUGUGAAUGACCUACAGGGGAUGCCAACACAAGCCCUGAGCUACCAGUUCACAUACCAUAAGGAUAGUGCACUAUGCUGUAUUUAUGGGGGGAUGACAAAGAAAACCCAAAAUGUUUAGGAGUUUCAUGUGGCAAAAUGAUUUUUUUAUAAAGAAGUCAGAGUGGAAAAGGUCUAGAGGAUUUAGAUCUCAGAUGGCAGAUUUUCAUCACUCUAAAUAUUCCUGCUAAAUCCAUGAUACUGGCAAAACCACUAAUCUGUCUUGUCCUGACUGCCAUACUUGUGCAUAAAACACAAGGGUCCCCAGAUAAAAGCUCACUGCUUUCCCUCUUGUGUAUAUGAGAAACUGAACCACUGUUAAUUUAUACAUUUAUCAGCUCCAUUAAGCAGGUGCUCUGGCUCGAUGUAGAUAAUCUCCCAUCCCCUCCAAAUCCUGCCUUGAGCUCACCUGUCCCUUCCUACUAACUUCCCAACUGGGCACUUCCAGAUUUAAAUGAGGAUGCACAGAGAAUAUAUCAAGCGGCAUUUGUGACACCACAGAGGCAAUUGAAGCACACGGUUUUCAGCCUCUCUCAGCAACCCCAGAGCCAAAUCCCCCUGCGCUCCUUUGGUAGCUUGCUGUCAUGUUUGAUAAAGUCCAGUGCAUUUCUAAAUCAGUUUCUCAGAAGUAUCUCAGAGACAUGCUAGCCCUGGAAGGCCAUUUCGGUCAAUACAAAUGGUAGGGUUUGGGGCAAGAGCAUAGCAAUGUCCAUUUUAACAAAAAGGAGGAAACUAAUUUUGCCCUUCAUGAGACUGCAUAGGAGUCUUACUAAUUUCUGUACGGUUGUUCUAGAAUAAAUCACAUGGACAAAGCAAUUAACUGGUAAAGAUAAACAUUAAAUCGAUAAAGGUAGUAAUUACAUGCAGCUUAGUAAAAAAUAAGAGAUAUCAUCUGAAAGGCAACAAAUUGCGUCAGCCUUAGUGUUACAGCAACAGUAACCCUGACCAGGAACUGCGUCAUUCCCCAUCAUCACUCAAGAUCAAGCCCUUGAUGCUGAAGACUGUGAAUGGCAAAUUCCAGAAACCCCAUCAUUUCAGUGACUUCCUCAAAAGCUCAUUCUUGGACAUACCACUGACUUUUCUGAGUCAGCCAAACUGUAAAAUAACCUUUAUCUACCCUGAACACAUGUAUGCAGGUAUCAAAUUCUGAAUAUAUUUAAAGCACUUGGAGUCUGUCUUUCAAAGAGACACAUUUAUGUUUCCUCAAUCAAAGGUAUUUCUGCACUGAAGCAUGGGAGCAAGUUAUUAGAGCACAGUUAUUGCAGACACACAGGGCUGUUUGUGCUGCCCUCUAAUGCAGCGUAUAAAACACUUUGUAUAAAUGUCCUCUUUACACAAAAUGAGGGAAAAAAUGAGAAUUGCACAAAGAUGAGGAGCACAUGUUCACUUAAUUGGAACAUAGCUUCACCUCUGGAAGAAGGAAAUUUGACACAUUAUACUUAAAACCCCCCCCCCACACAAACCAAACAACAUACCACCACCAACAACAACAACAACAAGAAACAGAAACAAAAAGAGACACCAUAAGUCUCAUUGAAGUUUGCAGUCAUGACUAGGUGCAUCCAAACCUGCCAGGUGGUUUAAAAAUGUUCAUUGUCAGCAGUGAAGCCUGGACAGUACUACCAUGUAAAACAAUAAUUUCAGUAAAGCCAAUUGAUUAAAAAAAAAGUCAAAGAGGCAGCUUGAAACAAGGAUAUUCAGCACACAGUUAGACAGAGAGACUCUUUCAUCAGCAGAGGGGCUCCCUGAGUUCUUCAUGGUCCCUAAAUAUCAGCCAUGCCCUCAACCUUCUGUUUUGUCGCCCUGACUCUCAUCACUAUGUUAAAGCCAGUUUGGGCUGUGCCAGCACUGGGAAAGGGAGAGGAACCCCCCGGUAGACACCACCUCCAGCAUGGGAAAGUAAAUAUCCUGAACUGUUCCAUCUGUGUGUUCCAAGCUGUCCUGCCCUGGGGAUGCUUAGUGUCACAUCUGUGUGGUAAUAGGGACACCCUCUGUCCUGUCAACUGUGCAGUCAUUGGCUUCACUGAUAUAUGUAAAUAUUAAAUAUUGUUAUUCUGAAGUUA